AUGACAGAUCGUGGAGUUAUGAGCUACUUUCUUGGCAUGGAGAUUAAUCAAACUGACCAUGGUAUAUUCAUCUCUCAAAACAAGUAUGCGGAGGAAAUUUUGAGGAAAUUUAAGAUGGAAAAUUGCAAACCAACUGAAGUGCCUCUUGGAGUUAAUGAAAAACUUUCAAAAGAAUAUGGGGGAGGAAAGGCGAAUGAAGGUACUUAUAGACGUUUAAUUGGAAACUUGUUGUACUUGACUUCAACAAGGCCAGACUUGAUGUUUACAAUGAGUCUUCUUUCAAGGUUUAUGCAUUCUCCAAGUGAUAUCCAUUUCAAAACAGCAAAACGAGUCUUGAGCAUAUUUUCAUGGAAUUCGAGAAAGCAAGAAGUUGUUUCGCAAUCCAUUGCCGAGGCAGAAUAUAUAGUCACAGCAGCAGCUGCAAAUCAAGCUAUUUGGCUCAGAAAAUUUUUAUGUGAUUUAUUCCAGAUUAGGCUAUAG